AGGCAUUGGGAGGCUAACUCCUGUCGAUGAUUUAGUAAUUUGAGCUUUCCAUACUCGAGAACGCCAUCACCAUCCCUCUCCUCCAAUUCCACUCGUUUCUCUUUAUUCCAUCCACCAAGAUUUCCAACAUGUUCUGAUUCCUUUUCGUACCAUCAUCAACGUCAUACCCAGUACCCAGUAAGCUUUAGCUUGACAACAACAACUUCACUUUGAUACCCUCGUCAACAAUCGCUGCCCAAAAAGAUGGCUCCGACAGCAAGUUACGAUACUUUCCUCAGCAAACCUGGCCCUACUGCAGACCUCCCACCACCAAAGCUCUAUCCAGUCAAAGAAGUCAAGUUUGAGAAGCCCACCCCAGUGCAGUCAGAUGGCCGAGAGAAGGCACUGCAGGCAUCAGAUGGCGAUGCGGCCAUCAUAAUAGACAAUGGCUCCUCUUCAGUCCGCGCCGGCUGGUCCUUCGACACCGCCCCCCGCCUCGCAAUUCCUCCUAUCAUGGCCAAAUACCGUGAUCGCAAGCUGGGCCGCACCUUUUCUCUCGCCGGCUGGGACUGCUAUUCAGAUACGACGGCGCGGGGCCACAUCCGGAAUGCCUUCGAGGCCGGCACGGGCAUCAUCGCCAACUGGGACGUUAUGGAACACGUGCUCGACUAUUUGUUUCUGAAGCUGGGCAUGAACAGCGCCGAGGGUAAUAUCGACCAACCCAUCGUCAUGACCGAGGCCGUCGCGAACCUGCCGUACUCGAGGAAAUCAAUGACCGAGAUCGUCUUCGAGUGUUACGGUGCCCCGAGCCUUGCAUACGGCAUCGAUUCGCUUUUCUCGUACCGGCACAACGGGGGCAACACCGGCCUGGUCGUGUCCUCAUCUUACGGCGCUACACAUCUGAUUCCCGUCUACAGCCAGAGGCCGAUGCUGGCCCAAGCGACCCGUCUCAACUGGGGUGGCUACCACGCGGCAGAGUACCUCAUGAAGCUCAUCCGUCUAAAGUACGACCACUUCCCGGGCAAGAUGAACCUAUCGCAAGCCGAAUUCAUGGUGCGCGAGCAUUGUUACCUGUCGAAGGACUACGACAAGGAGCUGGCGACCUACCUCGACUGGCCUGGACUGGAGGACAGAGAGCGGAUUAUCCAAUACCCGUACACAGAGGAGGUCAUCGUGCAGAAGACGGAAGAAGAGCUGGCCAAAAUUGCAGAGCGCAAGAAGGAGAGUGGUCGCAGGUUACAGGAGCAGGCUGCCAAGAUGCGCCUCGAACGCCUGAUGAAGAAAGAGCAAGAGCUCGAAUAUUACAAGGACGUGCAGCGGCGGCUGGCGGAGGCGAACAAGAAGGAGACCAAGCGCAUUCUCGACGACGCCGAGGUUAAAGAUGAGGCGCAGCUGGAGAAGAUGGUCAAAAAUCUCGAGCAGAACAUCAAGCGCGCGCGGCAAAAGGAUCUCGGCGGUGAGGUCGAGGAGGAGCAGGCGGAGGCGCCUGACUUUAGCCUGCUGGAUGUGCCCGACGAGGAACUUGACGAAGCCGGCCUGAAGGCCAAGCGUCAACAGCGCCUUCUCAAGUCCAACCACGAGGCACGAGCACGGGCCAAAGCUGAGAAGGAGGCCGAGGCGGCGCGCGUCGCAGAGGAAGCCCGCCUUGACGAGGAGAAGCGCACCAACGACCUGGAAGGCUGGCUCGAAGAGCGGCGGCAGGCCCGGCUCGAGACACUCGCCAAGAUCAAGGAUCGCGAGCGCCUCAAGCAGGACCUGGGCAACCGCAAGUCGCUGGCCUCCCAGAUGCGCAUGAAGACGCUGGCUAACCUGGCGUCGGACAACCCCUCGGCGACGACGGGCCGCAAGCGCCGCCGCGGCGGGGACGAUGACGAUUUCGGCGCGGAUGACGCGGACUGGGGUGUGUACCGCAACGUCGCUGUCGGCGCCAACAAAGGCGACAGCGACGACGAGGAUGAUGAAGAGAACCUAGACGUCGUGAUCCAGAACCUCGAGAAGGAACUGCUCGAGUAUGACCCGGACUUCACGUAUGAGGACACACUCGAGGCACAGAGUAACUGGACUAAGUCUCUCCUACACGCGUGGCGGUACGGCCCUCGGCCUCUUGACGAGGGCAGCCAGGCGGAGCGCAACCAGAUCCACCUUAACGUGGAGCGCAUUCGCGUGCCCGAGGUGAUCUUUCAGCCCAGCGCCCUCGCCGGCGUCGACCAGGCCGGGCUGGUGGAGAUCGCGGGGGACAUCCUCACCCAGCGCCUGACCGCCAUCCCCGGCAUCGACCGCGACGACUUCCUCAAGGACAUCUUCCUGACCGGUGGCGCGACGCUUUUCGAGAACUUUGACGAGAGGUUGCGCAGCGGCCUCCUGCCUCUACUCCCGGACGGCGCGCCUCUCAAGGUCCGCCGGGCCAAGGAUGCCGUGCUGGACGCCUGGAAGGGCGCCGCUUGUUGGGCAGGCGGGGACGAGUGGAGGCGGGCGCGGAUCACAAGGGAGGAGUACCUCGAAAAGGGCUCCGAGUGGUUCAAGGAGCAUGACUUGGGAAAUGCCUUCCCUUAGGAGAGGAGCAUACACCAAGAAACUUCUUCCCUUGGAAACUCUUCCGUUUAAAACCCUCCCGUCAAGAAUUGUACGAAGACCCGCCGCCGUCUCUAGCUACGGGCAGAGGCCGGCCAGUCAGCGUCGUCCAGAACAUGCCUCCUUUUGGGAAACAUGGCAGAGAUGCUAUUGGCAUCUCCCUGGCGAUGCAGUGGAAUUUUGACAUAUUCCAGCGGGAUCUUGGCUUCUUUUAAGGGGACGGAGCACUGGCAGCGGUCCUGCUACAUUGAUGACAAACCACGUCAAUCUG